AUGCCUCCACGAAGCUCGCGGCUUCGUCGCUUCCUGCUCCUCACAGCCGCAGCAGUUGCCGUCACGCUGUGCGUCACUGCUGUCUCCGCUAAGCAGCACCAGAAGGUCUCCGUGGACAUCUCUGCGCCCGAGCCGGAUGCCAACGGCGUUACCGUGCCCGAGUUUGUGGCCACGAACGAGUGGCAGGAGCUGCUGCCUGGCCAAGGCGUGCCGCGGGGACUGCACGUGCGUCUGAAUCUGGAGACCGGCAAGCGCGAGGCAAAGCUGGUGGACCCAAAUGAAGAGGCGACGGAGGAGUCGAUGCGCUCGGUCGUUGUUGACCCGAACGCGAAGGAGACCACAGUGACGGUGUCCACUGAUAUCUCCGGAGACAUCGUGCCGACCGAGGAAGACGACGACACGCUUACCGUUACCGAUGAAGUAGUUAGCGAGGACGCCGACGACGUGACUACGGACAGCUCUGAGUUGACUAAUACGGAAGAGGAUGAAGCCCCACCGGCCGAGCCGAACUGGAACCACGAGAAAAUAUACGACGUGCUGCAGGCGCUGCCCGAGCCGCCCAAGGUGGAGGGUAUGGACAUCCACGAAGCGCACGAGAAGCUGUCUCCUGCCGAGUUCCGGAAGCAGAUCGUUACCCUCUGGAAGAAGCGCCAAGCUGAGCUCAAGGAGGCGCUCGAGUCGCUUCAGGACGACGCAAAGUAUCUGGGCAAGCUGCUGGAGCAGUUCAAAGAUGCUGAGCAGAGAGGUGAUACCGAGGGCCAGCUGUCCGUGCUGGAGGUGCUCGAGUGGGAGGUGCAGGAUCUGGACAAGACCCACGUCUUCAACUUCAUUGGCGGGUUUGGCAUCAUUGCCGAGUACCUGAACUCGACCAACUUGCCUGUUCGCUCGCACGCUGCGUGGGUGGUCGGAUCCGCGGCGAAGAACUACAAGGAUGGCCAGGAGUGGGCUAUCGACGCCGGUGUCAUGCCGAAGUUGAUUGAUUCGUUGACCCUGGAGAUUCCCAGUACUGAGGAGACAGCCAAGGACGUACUGGAAGUCAAGAAGAAGGCCAUCUACGCUCUGUCUUCCAUUGUGCGAUCGAAUGAGCGCGGACAACGGCUGUUCAAGCUCCACAAUGGGCCUGAGCUUCUGGCGGGAUUGUUUAACGAUGCUCACCCCACGAAACUUCAGUUGAAGGUGCUCCUGUUUGUGUAUGACUUGCUGGCAGAAGCCGCGGAGAGCAAAUUGCGUGCCGGUGAACAGCCGGAACCUAAUGCGCUGAUGGAGCUGGAAGAAGUAUUCCAGUCCGCGGAAUGGUGUGAACGCUUCUCAGCGACUUUCGCCCCGCUUCUUGUUCAUCGCGAGGUGAUUGAGCUGGUGGACGCCAUGCGCCACCAGCUUCCUACGUGCCAGCAGGUGCACCAGACUUCUGGUGUCAAGACCGUAGUGGAGUCGCUUGCCAAGAAUUUUGCCGAUGACGAGGAGCUUGACAACGAAGAGAAGAAGGAACUAGCACUCUUCUUCCAGGACUUCCUGGGUCGCGUGUGA